AAAAAGCAGCGGAGGAAAAGAAAAAAAAAAGGAAAAGGCUCUCUCGCUCUCUCUGUCUCUCUCCUCUCUCACUCCAAAACCCAAAGACAAUGGGUAAGGUACCAACUGCGGCAGCAGCAACAACGGAGAUGAAGAGAAAGAAGAAGAAAGGCCGUCCUUUGAAGAACCCCCCUCCCCUCUCAACCCCACCCAAAGCCCCUCUUUCCAAUUCCGCAAGCCGACGAUCCACCCGCCGGAACCCUAAUCACCUUAAUUCUCCGCCGCGGCCGGACUUCGAUGACGACGAAGACGAGCGCAAGGAGAAGAAGGUCAAACUCGUCGUUCGCCUGCCCCAAUCGGAUGAGAAGACUAAGGCUGAUGAGAAGAAUCAACAGCAGCUCCAGCAAAGCGGGCGGCAUUCCCACGAUUCCGAUUCGGGUUCUGAGUCCGGGUCGGACUAUGAUUCGGACCCUGAGGAUGAGGAUCGGGAGGGCCCAGCGAAGAAGCGCAAGAUAAUUGGCGAUGAUGGCGGAUCUGACGAUGGGGGUUUGGAUCAGGAUAAAGAGAUUGUGAUGAAAGCGACAGACACUCCUCUACAAGGGUCACCAUUGGAGUCUGGUCCCACUGCUGCUUUACCUGAAAAAAAGUUGUUGGUAUUCAUUCUUGACAGGCUUCAAAAGAAGGACACAUAUGGAGUGUUUUCUGAGCCUGUGGAUCCCGAUGAGCUGCCUGAUUAUUUUGACAUAAUAAAGCAUCCAAUGGAUUUUGGGACAGUGAGGAAGAAACUUGAGAGUGGAGCUUACAAAAACUUGGAUGAGUUGGAGGCUGAUGUAGAUUUGAUAUGUUCAAAUGCCAUGCAAUAUAAUGCUGCAGAUACAGUCUACUAUCGGCAGGCACGAACCAUACAAGAGCUUGCAAAGAGAGACUUCAAAAAUCUGAAGCAUGAAGGUGCUGAUGGUGCACCCCAACCGAAGAUAGUGCGGAGAGGCAGGCCGCCAAGCAGUAAGAACCAGAAGAAACCUCUUGAGACGUCCCCAGUAGAUCGUGUUGGCACUGACCUUUCUUCAGGUGCAACUCUUGCUAAUGGAGAAGAUAAGGCAACUGGAUCUAAUUCUUACAAUCUAAGAAAGGCGUCACCAUUAUUUAGGUACAGGUCCUCUGACCCAUUUAUGUCACCUUACUCUUCAAGAAAUGGUGAAAACUACUCCGAGUAUUCGACGGAUUGGAAUAAUGAAUUUCCAGCAUCAAUUUUAAGGGCUGAUAUGAAAUAUGGAAAAAAACAGUUUACAGUGGAUGAGAACAAGCGUGACACCUACCGACAAUUUGAUUCGAUGUCUUUAGGCGACAAUUCGCCCAUUUUGUAUCAUUCAAAUGGAAACAUGAAGCGACUUGUGCCGGUGGGUCUUCAAGAAGCGCUUGCUUAUGCUAGAAGCCUGGCAAGGUAUGCUGCAAAUCUCGGCCCUGCAGCUUGGAAAAUGGCAUCGAAGAAGAUAGAGGCCGUCUUACCUGCAGGGGUACAAUAUGGUCCUGGCUGGGUGGGUGAUAACGGAGCACCUCCUCAGCCAUUGCCUACCUCAAUCGAGAAGCAGAAAUCGUUUGUUGGGGAUUUUAGUUCAAGCAAACUUGUUACACCCCGAACUUCUUCUGUCGGGGCCACUGGGCCCUGUGAAGCUAUGGUUGAAGCUGUUAAAAAACUCAACAACCAGAACGAGGUAGCCGGUCAAGGUGAUGCGUCUUCUUGGAGAACACAAUUGCCACCCCAGCAAAAUCACAUGCACAACUCCCACAGAAAUGGUUUUACUGGAAUGUUUGGGUACGGUGGUUCAUCUGCAAGAGCAGCGACGCCGCAACAUCCAGUUGCAGAAGGAUUCUCUUCUCCAUCUCCAAAGGUGGAAAUAGCAUCCCCAAAUGACCGUUCAUCAAACCAUUCUUCAGCGAUCGAGCAAGCUAAGUUGCCAGAAGGCGGCAGCAGCGUUCUACCCCCUGGAUAUCAAACGGCGCAAGUUAAAUCCGUUGGAGAAGCUGAGACGCGUACUCCUGCGAAAUCUCCAUGGCAGGGGCUGCCGGCGCAGCAGCAAAGAUAUAACCUUGCAGUUCCACCGGACCUGAAUGUAAGAGUCCCGGCCGGCUCACCUGGUCCAAGCCUGCAAAUUGGUUCACCGCAACAGCCGGAUCUGGCAUUACAGCUCUGAAUACUACUGAUUUAUCCAUUUUUAGUAGGCUGCUGCAGUUCUUUCGGCAUUGUCAGUGAGGAAAAUAAACACAGGCUUGCAAUCAAGGGCUGCAGGUCGACGACGACAGAGUUCAUCAGAAAGCUUGUAUAGAUCGAUCGUGUAUCUAAUUCUUUAGGCAGAAUUAAACACUGUUUUAACAUUUGUGACUUCGACAAUGACCGUGACCGGGGGAGACGACCGAGCUACAGAGACGUCGGGAGCUAGCUAGCAAGCUUUUAGGUUGUUUGAGUAGAUUGGAUUACAUAGAUAGGUUUCUGCAUUUAGAUAUGAAUCAACAGUGUAACAAUAUUUACAUGAGAUGCUACCCCAUUAUUUACAAAGUAUGAUUGUAAGCUCAUUUAUUGGAUCCAGAUACUUUAUGAAAUUUCUGGGAUUACUUAA